CUGCCUCUGCCUCCUGAGUGCUGGGAUUAAAGGCAUGUGCCACCAACGCCCGGCAGCUACCAUUUUUUUUUAACACUCAAACCUCAAUAUGAAUAGGUGAUUAUACUAUAAACAUCUUUCAUGUGAUUAUUAUUAUUUUUGCAGUUGGGUGGGUGACUCAGGUAAUCUUAGCUCUCAUAGCUGAGGCAGGAGGACUGCUUGAAGUUGAAAGCUAAUCUGAGCUACAAAGUUAGACCCUUGUUUUGAAACAGACACAAGCUAGGUAUAGUGGGUACAAUGACAUCCUGUCUGCAAAAAUAAAAAAGAAAUUCCAUAGCUUUUGUCAAUAUUGAAGUCUGGGAAGUUUAAAAAAAAAGUGGUAUGAGACAAAGAAUAAAGUGUGUUACGACAAAUCUUACUCUGUUGGUAGAAUUCAGCGAGCUUUUAUUAGAUCUUCAUGGCUCUUUGGUAUGAGAGGGGUGAGUUUCAUUCCCUUUCCCUACCCCACCCCAAAGUAGAAUGUUAGUAUAGUGUUGCUGAUUGUUGUGGGAAUCAGCUUGCAUGCAUUGUGCUGGGAUACUUGUGAGAGGUGUUCAAGUCUUGGUAAGAGUGUGUUGUGAUUGACUGCUUUAUGUGCUUGUUUAUUUUCAUAGCAUUUAAAUCAAGCGGUAUUGAAAUGGAUUGGGUUAUGAAACAUAAUGGUCCAAAUGACGCUAGUGAUGGGACAGUGCGACUUCGAGGAUUGCCAUUUGGUUGCAGCAAAGAGGAAAUAGUUCAGUUUUUCCAAGGGUUGGAAAUCGUGCCAAAUGGGAUAACAUUGACGAUGGACUACCAGGGGAGAAGCACAGGGGAGGCCUUCGUGCAGUUUGCUUCAAAGGAGAUAGCAGAAAAUGCUCUGGGGAAACACAAGGAAAGAAUAGGGCACAGGUAUAUUGAGAUCUUCAGGAGUAGCAGGAGUGAAAUCAAAGGAUUUUAUGAUCCACCAAGAAGAUUGCUGGGACAGCGACCAGGACCAUAUGAUAGACCAAUAGGAGGAAGAGGGGGUUAUUAUGGAGCUGGGCGUGGAAGUAUGUAUGACAGAAUGCGACGAGGAGGUGAUGGAUAUGAUGGUGGCUAUGGAGGUUUUGAUGACUAUGGUGGCUAUAAUAAUUAUGGCUAUGGAAAUGAUGGCUUUGAUGACAGGAUGAGAGAUGGAAGAGGCAUGGGAGGACAUGGCUAUGGUGGAGCUGGUGAUGCAAGUUCAGGUUUCCAUGGUGGUCAUUUUGUGCAUAUGAGAGGGCUGCCUUUUCGUGCAACAGAAAAUGAUAUUGCUAAUUUCUUCUCACCACUCAAUCCAAUACGAGUUCAUAUUGACAUUGGAGCCGAUGGCAGAGCAACAGGAGAGGCAGAUGUAGAGUUUGUGACACAUGAAGAUGCAGUGGCUGCCAUGUCUAAAGAUAAAAACAACAUGCAACAUCGAUAUAUUGAACUCUUCUUGAAUUCCACCCCUGGAGAUGGCUCUGGAAUGGGAGGUUCUGGAAUGGGAGGCUAUGGCAGAGAUGGAAUGGAUAAUCAAGGUGGAUAUGGAUCUGUUGGGAGAAUGGGAAUGGGGAACAACUACAGUGGAGGAUAUGGCACUCCUGAUGGCUUGGGAGGUUACGGUCGUGGUGGUGGAGGCGGUGGAGGUUACUAUGGGCAAGGUGGAAUGAGUGGAGGUGGAUGGCGUGGGAUGUACUGAGAUCACUUCCAACGUACAAGCCCUAACAACAUCGGUCUACUAGACUUUCUUACAGAUUGAAUUUCUUUUGUAUUUCAAGAACUUUAUAAUGACUGAAGGAAUGUGUUUUCAAAAUAUUUGGUUAAAGCAACAGAUUGUGAUGGGAAAAUCUGUUUUCUGUAGGUUUUAUUUGUUGCAUACUUUGACUUAAAAUAAAUUUUUAUAUUGAAACCACUGAUGUUGCUACUUUUUAUAUAUAGGUACUCUUAAAGAUGUGCUGCCUUCAUAAGAUUUGGGAUGAUGUAUUUUACUGUUAGCUCUACAAAAGGUAGCAUACCAGUGUUAGAGGACAAGUCUAAGCAGACAUUUGGAAUAGAGCUUGAGUAGUUAGCUAACUUUCUGUCCUGGACACAAUGUAAAUAAAAAGCCUAAAGAUGUGUUCAGGUGGCUUCAGGAAUUUAAGUUCAGCUAAUUCUGUAUUCCCUUUUCAGUCUCAUUUAUCAAGCAUAGCUCUGAAUAAUUUAAGAGUCAUCUGAAUUCUAAAUAGUCACAAUUGUGUUAUGAAUUAUGAACCCAAGAGGGUGAGAGUAUCAGUUGAAAAUACAGCCCUAGAUUUUAAAAUUCUCAUAGCACUUGACCAAGAUACCAAAAAUGUUUCCAAAAUUUGAGUUUGUUGGAGUAGCUAAGAGUCAGGAAGAGCUUAGUGUGUAAAUACACGGGUAUUUACUAUGAUAGAUGUACUCUUAUGUUCUCACCCUAGAAAAAGUGUUUAAUUGUGUAAAUGUCUACAUUUAGGAAAAUGUAACAAUGCUGCAGCUGGAUUUUGCAUUUGAUACUGACAUUAUUUCAUUUCUGUGUAAGCAAGGAGAAGGUGCUUUCUAAUCUUAACACUUUGAUCAAUGUGGCUUUUCCCCAAAUUGGCUAAUGGAUCAAAUUGAAACCUGUCAAUGUGAACUCAGUUAUUCAACUUGUUACUUGUUUUUUGCUAGAAAUGUUAUUCAUGUAAUAAAUAUCAACAUGGGAGAUAAA